AUGUCUUCAGAUUUUUAUAUACGUUAUUAUGUAGGCCACAAAGGUAAAUUUGGACAUGAGUUUCUUGAAUUUGAGUUCAGGCCUGACGGGAAACUGCGAUACGCCAAUAAUUCUAAUUAUAAGAACGACACUAUGAUUAGAAAGGAAGCAUAUGUGCAUCCAUGCGUGAUGGACGAACUUAAAAGAAUCAUUGUUGAUUCUGAAAUAAUGCAUGAAGACGAUCGUCUGUGGCCUCAACCUGACCGAGUUGGUAGACAGGAACUUGAAAUAGUUAUUGGCGAGGAGCACAUUUCAUUCACUACCUCCAAGACUGGCUCGCUGGUAGAUGUCAACCAGUCCAGAGAUCCUGAAGGCUUGCGCUGUUUCUAUUAUCUGGUGCAGGAUCUCAAAUGUCUUGUCUUCUCUCUCAUAGGACUGCAUUUCAAGAUUAAACCAAUAUAA